AUGCGUGUUAUUGGAUUUGCUUUUAACAACGUGAAAGUUUGCAGACUUGUAGCAGCAGUUUCACAACCUUUGCAAGAAAGUUGUCUUCCUCGUGACUGUGCAAAGUUGUCAUUAAGUCAGCUGACUGAUCGAACAGUAUGUCAACAUUACUGGAGCUUGAGAAGGAAAUUGAACAUUUUAAUAGCAUGUCGUCAUCACCAACCACAUACUUCAACUUCGUCAACAUCUGAUAUCAACAACAUUGCUGCCAUUAGCAACAGUUAUCUUCAAUUUUCGACAGCUUCUAAAUCUAACAAUGUUGUCAGAAAGGCUCUUUUGAAACCUGUCCUGUGGAGCAUGCGAACUAGGAGUUAUUCGAUUGCACCUAUCACUGUGAGUAAUUUAGGUAAUCAUAUCGUUCACGUUAUUAGCAGAUUUAUAAAUUUUUCUUCAACAUCGAGAAUUGAGUCAAGAGAAGACAUCGAAUUAGAAUAUAUUGCUUCUUACGUAAAGUUGUACCCAACAGCAGAAAAUUUGUCAUUCACCAUCUUUCAAUUACAACAAACUUUUUACAGUUUUCCACUGUUAAAUGUGAACCAUGUGCUCAAAUCCAAGCUUAAUUUAAGUUUAUGUAAUCCGUUUGUAGCUGUUUCUGCGUUCAGACACCCUAACAAACAAUAUCUUGAGAUAUUGUUUAUCUCAAGAAAUAUCAUAUCAGAUUUGCUAUUUUAUUAUCGAUUUCUACCCCAUAAUUCAAACAUUUGCUUCAAUUAUAAUACCAGUGUUGCUGCAACUACAACAACAUCCAAUGUGCUGUCUACUAAUAUUAUCACUUCAGUUACCAAUUUGCGCACACGAUUAUUACAAAAACCUUUAAAUUAUCAGCAAAUAGCCAAAAUGUCUGUACAGUAUAAGUUAAAUUUUGUUUCGCAAGAGAAAGCUGAUGCUGAUAAUGUUAAAAUUUUUCGCCUGUGUGGUAAUAAUAUUCUGGUAAAAGAAGUGAUGGAGAGUAAAGAUGACAACACUAAAACGGUUGUUAUCAGCUGUUUAUCACCAAACACCAAUGCUGAUAUCACUAUUAGUAAUGGUAACGGUAAUUUGAAUGAAACUGGAAAAAGCCAAGUAACUGAGAUAAAUACGCAAGGUGGUGACACGGAAAAGUAUGAAUUAAACGAAAAUGAUGCAUCCGUUGCAGCAUCAGUAAAGCUUACCCUAUCCGACGAAUGUAUCGAUAAAGUAGAUCUUGGUCAUAUUAGUCAACUUCACAAUAAUAUAGCAGAGCUUGGAUUUAUUAUCUGUGUGUCAUAUUAA